AUGCGAAGUCGCUCGCGAUCGAUUCCAGUUGAGCGGGUGGAUGUCUCGAAGAGUUAUAGACAACAAUUGUUGAUAUCAAAUGACCCUCAAACCAUCCCACUCCCGGAGAAUCCGUGUAAAAUUGCACUUCCACCCAUCGAAGAUAGAGUCUUGACUUCUUCAAUGCUUUUCAGUGGAGAGAAAGGGAAACCCAACCUUAAAAUACUCAAAGAACACUUGAAAAGACAAGGGAAACUGGAGAAGUACGCUGCCGUUAAAUUGAUCCGACAAGCAGCAGAGAUCUUCAAGAAGGAACCAAACAUAAUAGAGGUGGAAGCACCGGUAAUUAUUGUUGGAGACAUCCAUGGCCAAUUCUAUGAUAUGCUCAACUUCAUGGACUUACUCGGUUCCCCAGCAGAAAAUCGUUUUGUGUUUCUGGGGGACUACGUUGAUCGUGGGGACUUUUCGACCGAAGUUAUUCUCUACCUCUUUGCACUUAAGAUUUGCUAUCCAGACAAUAUCAAAAUGCUCAGAGGGAAUCACGAGAGUCGACUGAUGUGCGAAUACAUGACCUUUUUGCUCGAAUGCCACUGCAAAUACACGAUUAAAAUAUACGACGAGUUUGUCGCGUGUUUCGACACACUGCCGUUGGUCGCGCUUGUCUCGAAAAACGUAAACGGAAGGAUCUUGUGUAUGCACGGAGGCUUGUCACCUUCUAUUGGACUUUUGGAUGACAUUGCGAAGAUAAAUCGUUUUACAGAACCUCCAAGCGAAGGUUCUUUGUGCGACUUGUUAUGGUCAGAUCCCAUUAGUGAGUGGGACCCCGAUUCACCAGAGUGGAUCGGGGUGAGUAGAAAAGAGUGGGAAGAAAUCACGUUCAGACCGAAUAAACAACGAAAAACAUCGUACUACUAUGGUAAGAAAGCAGUGAAUCGAUUCCUUGAAGCAAACAACUUGUUCUGUAUUGUAAGAGCACACCAAGUACAAGAUAACGGAUUCAAGGACCAUAAAUACUUCAACCCUUCUCGACAUCUGUCUGAAGUCUUCACUAUUUUCUCUGCACCAAAUUAUUGCGACUAUUAUAAGAACUAUGGUGCUGUUAUGCGAAUCACAGAAAGACCAUUCGACAUCAAGACGUUUGUGUGGAAACAACACCCUGUCGUGCUUGAAGAUUUCCAAGAUGGAAUGAGUUUCUCAUUGGAUUACUUGAUGGAGGGAAUCAUCACUAUAUUACAAGAACUCAUUGUUGGGAUUAAAGAUGAAAAAAAUGUUGGGGAUGGAGACGAUAAAGAUCCACUUAUCGAGAAAAGCAAAAAGUUGUUUGCGAAGUCGUCGAAAAUACAAGAGAGAAGAGAAAAGUAUAUGGCGAUUAAUGAUAAGAAUUAUCACCAAAACAUGACACUGUUUGAGAAAGCGUGCAGCAUCGACUCCGAGAACGAAUCGUUCCCAACACUCGAGAUGAUCAACAGGAAGUUCCAACACCAUCCUGGAGCUUUAAGAAAAGGAAUGUCAUCACCCGCAUUAUUACAGAAGCAAGCGCCAGCUGCUGCUGGGCUUAGCGGACAAAUGGGGGGUACGUUAGGUGGAGCUUUUGCUGGUGCGAAAGCUGGGAAAGAGAAAGGUGGUGUUAUUGUGUUGAAGAAGUCAUGA